AACGGGGGGAGAGACCUCGAUAAUUUCGUGAAAACAUGGCGGCCAAAACAAAAGGUAUUCGCGAGAAAGCUGAAAGUAUUUUUAACAAAAGAUACAAACUGAAGUCAAAAACUGACAAAUACUCUCUCCCAGAAGCUAAUGCGAUAUUUUCAACACCACCUUUUGCUAUUGAGCCUUUAACAGCGAUAAAAAACAGUCUAAACACAACCAAGAAUUUAUUGAACUCAAAAGACAUUGAAAAAUGGCGGAGACAUACAAGUAAAACUAACCCAUGUGGUUUAGUGGUAAAACAUUUACGCGAGGCAGUAAAGCCCGAGCUAUGCACCCAAGCUUGGGUUAAAUUUUAUGAAAUUUUAAGUUCAUGCAAUAUUAUUCCCCCAAAAUGCAUUGACAAUCAAAAGCUAACCAGUUUACAUCUUUGCGAAGCCCCAGGUGCUUUUAUUGCAAGUUUAAACCAUCAUAUCAAGUGUAAUUUUGAAGGCGUACACUGGGAAUGGCUUGCGUCCACUCUUAAUCCGUUCUACGAAGGGAACGAUACGAAAAGAAUGAUCUCCGGGGAACGGUUUAUAAUCGAGACUUUGGGUCAUUGGAAUUUUGGUGAGAGCUGCGAUGGUGAUUUAAUGCAGUGGGAUAAUCUGAAGUGUUUGGUUCAGGCAGUAGGGGGUGCUGGGAAGGUCGAUAUUGUAAGUGGUAGGAAUUGUGUAAUAUGACUCCAGUUACAUAGAGAUCUCACUACUGAUGAUUUGUAUGAAAAUUCACCCAUUAUAUUAUUGCCCAACUCUAGGUGACAGCUGAUGGUAGUAUAAAUUGUGCAGAUGAACCUGACAAACAAGAGAUUGUGAUUGGUCAGUUGUUGUAUUGCGAGGUUGUAGCGGCACUUGUUAGUCUUGCCGAUGGAGGAAGCUUGAUCGUGAAGAUGUUCACAAUGUAUGAGCACCACACUGUUGCCAUUCUUUUCCUUUUGUGCUGUUUGUUUGAAGAGGUUGAAAUUAUUAAACCAGGUACAUCUUGUCCAAACUCUGUGGCAAUGUAGUGGUAUAUAGUAUAUAUGCCCCCCCCCCUGUAAGAAUAAUACUCCCAGUCUGACUCUACCAAACAACAGAUUUCCUUCAGGAACACUACAGGUAGUUUCCUUGUGUAAUAUAUGGCACUGAAACAGUAUGGAAUAACCCUAAUAGGAAGAACAGCUAACCAGUAUUAAUAAAGUUAAGUUAACCCCCUUCCUUCAGCUUCCUUCUCAGAGUAAAUAAACAAAUUCUAUUUUUUUCUUGUUUCUUUUACUUCAGGAACAAGUAAACCAGGAAAUUCAGAAGUUUAUUGCGUCUGCACUUGCUUUGCUGGCCCUGCAUAUUUGUCCAAAGAUCUCUUAGAAAAAGUACAGACCUACUACACCUCCCUCACCCCUGAGAAAGCCCUAUUUCCCCACGAGUAUCUACCAGAAAAUUUCAUAGAAAAAGUUAUAACCUGUGCCAAAACAUUCUCUGAAUUUCAAACCAAUGCUAUAAAUAGAAACAUUGAAUUGUUUGAUCAUUUCUCGAAAGGAAAAUGGAAGUUCCUGAAUAAACUCAGGAAAUAUUUGGCGGAAGAGUUUGUACAUCGUUUUAAUGUCCAGAGCUUAGAGCAAGGAUACUCUGUUGUGCCUCAUGUACACUUGGAUGGGACACAGCUGAGCUACUGGCCAGAAAGCAGACAGGAGACAUACUGUAACUCAGGCAUACAUCACACAGGCUCCUAUGUUGAUAGGAUUGCAAUGUCUAAACUGGGAUGGCACGAACGAGUUGUUUUGCCACAAGAUGAAAUGCCUUCCUUCGUUACUGAAGAUGCACUUGUGCAUGAAAUAAUUCAUUCAGGUAUUCUUAUAGACCAAUAUUAAUUGUGUUCCUAAGUGAUGGUUGAGUUCAUUCCGACGGAUCUCAACUAGAGACAGACCAAUAUACCGAUGACAGUUGACAAAUGAUGCAACGGCUAUUUGGAACUGAAAGAGCCUGUGCCAGUGUAAGGUAGGGAUAUAACUACCUGGAAAAUACAAGGAUAAUUUCCACGUUUCGACGAACUUCCCAAUGAAGCGCCUUCGCUCAAAACGUCGAAGUUCUCCUUGUAUUUUUCAAGUAGUUGUAUCCCUACCAAAUCUGCCGCUUUCUUAUUUGGAACCAGGGAUGGAUUUACUGGGGGGGUGCGGGGGGGUGCACACCCCCCUAGCCCUGGCCAGGAGGGGUGCAGGGGGGGUGCUAUUUUUCAUGAUAAAGCAAAAAAUUAUCAGAGACAAAAUGAGAUUCAGUAAUUUGAGUAAUAACAUGAUGAUAAGCGAACUGUGAACAACAAUUACAAUUCAAAUACUGUAGCUAGACUUUGCAGUGGUUAAGCAAGUUGAUGGAUGUGUAAAGUCACUGGAAAGCAAUUGCAACGUAGUUGUCCGGAAAAUUUUUUUUCCCUAAAAAGUUGUCGAUGGGGGGGGAGGUUGUUGCUUUCCGAAAAUUUUUUUGGCGGAGCACCCCCCUACCAGACCAUGCUGGAUCCAUCCCUGAAAUUGGAACUAACAUCUUUCACAAUAUCUUCUGAUAGCUGACAAACGAUGAAAGCGCAAUUUGGAACUGACGUUUUACAAAGACAUUUUUAGCUGAAACACUUUUCGAAUUUUUCUUUUCUGUAGUUGAGUCGAUUGAGUGGCUGAAAGGUGGACACACAUCAGAUGUACAGCACUGGAAUAUUGAUCUUGGCAAAACUAUCCGAGUGAUUCAGAGUUCAAGAUUCUGUCUUGCCACCUUGAUAAGUGAACUGAACGACGCCAGAACAAACGCGAAAAUAUUUCAUACUAAUGAAGGGAAAGAACUUGUUGAAACCUUGGAAUUUCUAUCUCAACAAAAAUCUCGUGAACUUGGUCAAAGUUCGAGUCCUUUAAACAUUCUUGCUGUUCUACAGAGGUGUGGUUUAUUGAGCAAUGAAUCCAGACCUGGCUUUAUACUAGAUAUCUCCGGGAAUGGUCGUUAUGUUUCGGAAUUGGUGGAGAGCGGUGUCUUCUAUCCUGAACAAUGUCUUGCAGUGUUGUGUCAGAACUGUGCAGUACAGUGCAACGGUGCUGGAUUUCAAAGGGUUGUCAUUGACAAUUGUUCAAGUCAAAAUGCAAGCGAAGUGGAAAAGUUAAGAAGUUUUGGUCGUGAGGAAAUUGGUGGAAGAAUAGUUAGCGAUGAAUGCUUGGCCAUUAAUAAUGCAACCUACACCAGUGAAUCUUACACCAAAACUCGAAUGAUACUAGGAUCUUUUUUCAAGUCAUGUCAACCGGUAGAGCGUUCCUUGUACGAUGAAAUAUCCAGUAAGGCUUUCCUCCUAAGCCAAUGUGUGAACGCAUUACGCUUGCUCCAACAAGGCGAUUGUCUUGUACUUGAGGUGUCUGAUACACUAACUCAGUUCACUGUUGGAAUUAUUUAUAUUCUACAUUUGCUGUUCAAAGAAAUCGCAUUGAUAAACCCGAAGUUCUGUCCUACAUCGAAACAGUUCUUAGUAUGUCGUGGUUUUCUCAAUGCAAAUCAAGCCACAACCCUACUUGCCCACAUGGAAAAAGUUUUGGAGGUUUUGACGAGCAAGCCAGCAGGAAAGGAUGUUAUUGGUUUUCUACCGAUCAAAAAGUUAUUUUCUGAGAAUUUUUAUAAAUACAUUCGAAGUCAAUCAACAAACCACGUUACAGCACAGUUACAUUGGAUUGUUAAAUGCGAACGAUUAUUCUUAUCAAAAAAAGCAUGCUAGUAAGCCACUCUGAUGAUACUGUACACCAGAAUAUUUAUCGCUAGCGUGGUAUAAAAUGAUAAAAUGUUACAUGUGCUUGUUGUGCUACUUAAUUAGUGCUUAACUACUUCAUUAAUAGGCAAUUUCAGCUUUUAGUUUAUGUGUGCAGGAGGUGACAGGGAGUAUGGUAUCAUAUUGCUGAUUCUGCUGAAAAAUUUCAAUAAAAACUGCCGAAACAACCAAAAUAUUUCAAUAUUUACAAGUAUAAGCUAUCACUCCAUGUUUACACGCCCACCAUUUUUAUUUUUUUCAGCAUAAUCAGCAAUAUGAUUCCUUACUUCCUAUUCCCCCUGCACGCAUAAACUAAAAGCUGGAAUUGCCUAUUAGUGCUUAACUAACUACUUCAUUAAUUAAUUAGCACUUAAGUCUUGACAUAUGGUCUUGAUGACCAUUAUAUAUGUCAACUUCAUUUGCUUAAAAUAGAAGCAAGUCUUUGUAAUAUUAAAAAUGUUAAAACUUAUAUACCAAGCGUACUGUCAAGCUUAUUGUCUUUUGCUUCUCUCCUCCACAACAGGGAAAAGCCUGGGAACGAGGUUGGCUUAUUGUUAGCAAGCGACAUGAGCAUGCAACAUAGUACCCAUGGCUACGAGGUUGCUUGUGUGAGUAGGUCCGUCUUUACAAAUGAACCGUUUCUAGUACAAACCGUUUCUAGUAUAAAUCGUUAAGAUAUCAAGAUUUAAGGGACCGGUCAUUAUUUAUGGUGGGGGGUGGCACCGAAGAGAAAUGUUUUUCGUGGCAAAAAUUUUGCUGACCCAACCAUUAAAAAGACAAAAAAUUGAUUACCCAACCUCAAAUAUAAAUUGGAAAAUAAUUACCCACCCCUGGCCAAAAACUUUACAAAAGGAUACCAUUCAGUUGUCACACAUGUCUUUUACCACUUCUAUGACAUGAGUUUGA